AUGAAGCCUUUGAAAAAGCAAGGUAGGCGCUCUCCUCCGUCAACCCGGGCGAAGGGGGGGAAGAGGCGGGGGCCGGCGGAGUCGGCCGGGGAGGGGGAGGGAAGGGACAAACCGACACGGGACCCCGAGGGCCAGCCGGAGGCCACGCCCCCACCGUCCUCGCCGAGGAGACAGACCCCGCCCCGCUCUGACACCCCUCAGGAAGAGCCAGCUGGGAGCCCAGACAGGGAGGGACACAGAGACGGGGCAGGGCCACCAGAGACAGCGGGGGAUUGUGGGAAGCUGGAGGACCGCAGGGGGAGCCCCAGAGCUGGAGGGACGAACGGCAACAGCAGCAACGGCAACAGCGCCGCCAGCGCUAGCAGCAGUCCCAACCCCGCCUCCAGCCGCAAGACGGCCACCUUCAAGGCCCGGGUGCCGAAGAAGAAGUACACCUACGAGCACUGCGCCGGCAACCCCGCCACGCCAACCGCCAACAGCAACAACAACAACAGCAACAACAACAACAGCAGCAGCACGGACAGCCAAUCAGUGGCUCCCAGCGCGGCGGCCAGCGAGGACAGCACGGGCACGGACACGGACGCGCACAGCCACAGCAGCGGGGUGACGGAGGACUGCCCCGCGGAUGCCCCCUGCGACCGCCCACCAGACCGUGGAGCCCCGGGGGAGAGGGAGAGGGAGAGGGAGAGGGAGAGGGGCACGGAGGGGGACGGAGAGGGCCAGCCUAGCUCGGUGCGCUCCUCCUCCACAGACACGGCCAGCGAGCACUCCGCCGAGCUGGAGAUGGUGGAGGCGCAGCCCGACCCGGCCCCCGGCCCCCUGGGGCCCCAGCGGAGCCCCCCCCUCCCCAGCCAACCCGCCCUCCAACCCCAGCCAGGCUCCCCGCGGAGAGAGGGGCCCCAGCAGGACGUGCUGGCGGACACCCUCGCCAAAAGACUGAGGAACCAGCGGGUUCUGGUGCGGCAGAGGAGGAGGGAGUGGGACGGGGAGGAGGGGGGUGGGGGGAGGGCGGAGGCGGCCGACGGGCCCCCGUCCCCGGUUUUCCGCCCGGCCGUGGUGCGGCAGGUCAGCGCUGAACAACACAGCGUCUGGGUGCAGCUCAGCGGAGAGAGGACGCUCCGCCACUACCCCCUCCCGGACGGGACGUCCCGCAGGGGAACGCCGGACCUCAUCUUGGACACCCUGCCCCCCGGCCCCGCCCCGGUGGCCGUCGGCACCCGGGUGUGCGUGCCGUUCGGGGGCGGCAGUGGUGGGGAGGGCGAGGAGGGGGCGGGGCAGCUGUACCGGGAGGGCGUGGUCUCGCAGGUGGACCUGCACCCUGCCGUGGCCUUCCCGUACCGCGUGCUGCUGAGCGAGGACGGCGACACCCUCCGGGACGGGGCGGCCGGGGAGGACGAGCGCAGAAGGGCCGGCAUGCAGGCCGUGUGGGUGUCCCGGCAGAAUCUGCGCCUCCUCGCGCCCCCCUGGGAUGUGCCCCAUCCCGAGGAGCGGUGGGAGAGGGAGGAGGACGUUGAGGUGGAGCGGGAGCUGUUUCGCCUGAGUGGCGGGAUCGGAAUCGGGACUUCCCGGCUGGGGCGAGGUUACCCGCCCAGAGCAGAGGGAGGGCAGAGCUACGCUAACAUCCCAUCAUGCUCCUCUUCAACCACCUCCAUCAUUUCAGCCACCUCUGUGCUGAACCUGGCCACGGACAGAGAGCGGGAACGGGAGAGGGAGAGAGAGAGGGAAAGAGAGAGGGAGAGAGAGAGGGAAAGAGGACUGAACAGAGCGAGGGAGUGGGACAGAGAGAGGGAGAGAGAGAGGGACCAGCAGAUGCAGAAGCAGCAGACCCUGCAGCCCCAGACCCCGGAUGAGGACAGGGAGGUGUCCCACUUCAGCAUGGCUCCGCUCCGAGACGGGGGCGUGGCCACAGGAGUGGGGGGCAAGGCGGGCGGAGGGGCCCCUCACAGACACAUCCUCUCCAAGCCCCACGGCUACCCCGGCCCCCAGCUCUCCGUGGUCCGGGGCGUCGGAAACCCCCUCGGCGGCCCCCCGGUGGCCCACCUCAGCCUCAACCCCCUGGCGGGCCUCCAGCCGCCCCCCUCCCCCGUGCUCCAGGGCCACGAGCGCCCGGGCAUGCUGGCCGUGGAGGCCCACCACCUGCCCCCGCUGCCCCCCUCCUCCUCCGCCCGCGGCUCCCUGGGCUCCCUGGGCUCCCUGGAGAAGACGCCCACCCCGACGUCAGGCACCCCGGGCGGCGGCGGCGGCGGAGGCGGUGGGACGGGCUCCACCUCCUCCUCGGCCUCCUCGUCCCGCUCCCGCACCCCGCUCACCGCCGCCCAGCAGAAGUACAAGAAGGGCGACGUGGUGUGCACCCCCAACGGCAUCCGCAAGAAGUUCAACGGCAAGCAGUGGCGGCGGCUGUGCUCCCGGGAGGGCUGCAUGAAGGAGUCCCAGCGGAGGGGGUACUGCUCCCGCCACCUGUCCAUGCGCACCAAGGAGAUGGAGGGCGGGGGUGACCGGGAGCGGGGCGGGGGCAGCAGCUCGGGCACCGUCACUCCGUCCGAGUUGCGGCUGGGCGGCGGCCGCGCCAGCAGCGAGUUCGACUGGGACGACACGUCGCGGGACAGCAGUGAGGCCAGCAGCCGCGGCGGCGAGUCCCGACCCCGCCUCCUGCUGCCCUCCAGCCUGUCCCAGGACCUUUCGCGCUUCGACUUCGAGGAGUGCGAGGCGGCCAACAUGCUGGUGUCGCUGGGCAGCUCGCGCUCCGCCACGCCCUCCUUCUCGCCCGUCUCCAACCAGUCGCCCUUCUCCCCCGCCCCUUCGCCCUCGCCCUCGCCCUCCUUCUUCGGCUUCCGCCCCGCCAACUUCAGCCCCAUCAACGCCUCACCCGUGCUGUCCCGCCGCCAUCGUCACCUGAGCGGGACCGGGGGGGCAGGCACGCCCAAGCUGGGCACCCCGGGGUCGGAGCGGGACCGCGAGAGGCACCACUCGGGAAUCCCGCCCUCCUUCCAGACCAACCUCACUUUCACCGUCCCCAUGAGCCCCAGCAAGCGCAAGCCGGACGCGCCCCCGCCCCUACCCCCGCCUGUGCAGGACUACCCCAAACCCGAGCUGGAGCACGGUGACCUCACACCUGCCGCCUUCCACACGCAGGCCUUCCCCCGGCCCCGCGGGGUGGGCAGCCGGCCCCCCUCCUCCGCCGCCGCCUCGCCCCCGCCCAUGCUGGUGUCCCCCACGCCCCCCUCACCCCUCCCCCAGGACCCCGGGCUCCGCCGCCUGGUACCCAUGUCCCAGCAGCCCCUGCGGGACUCACCCGUCAUCGUGCGCAACCCCGAGGUGCCCCUGGCCAAGUUCACGGAGCGCCCCCUGGGGCGCGGGGUUGGCGGUGCGGGCGGGGCGCGCUCCGGCGAGCACAGCCAGGCAGCCCAGCCAGCGGCCGGGCUGCAGGUUCCCGUGCCGAUCAACGCCGCGUCCGCCAACGGCACCGUGCUCCUGCGCAGCCCCGCCUCCGCCCUGGUGCUGGUGUCCUCCCCCUCCACCCUCUCCUCCUCCUCCUCCUCCUCGUCCCUGCCCAUUGCCUCCCUCGGCCGGCUCACCCAAUCCAGCCCGGCGCUCUCUUGCGCCUCCGUCCCCAGCCCCACCGCCAGCCCUGCCCUCACCAGCGCCGGGGCGGGGGGGCGGGACCGAGGGGGCCAGGCGGGGGCGUUCGGGGGCCCCCUCCAGCAGCCGGUCGCCUGCCACCCCACCCCCACCGCGCUGCUCCCCCUCAUCCUGCCGGCGGAGUCCCCGUACCCCGCGCCCCGCAAGGACAUCAUCAUGGGCCGUCCUGGAACAGUGUGGACCAAUGUGGAACCCCGGUCAGUUCCUGUAUUUCCGUGGCAUUCAUUGGUCCCUUUUCUGGCUCCCAGCCAAUCAGAAUCAUCUGCUCAGCCGACUGACGGCCAACAGCCUGUAGAUCAGGCUCACACAACUAAUCAGAGCAAAGAACCACAGGGUAGUGUAGCGUCGGUGAAUGAUGGCCACACUAACUCCAAAUCUGUGGAGAGGGCAUCCCCAUCCCGCCCCCCCGCCACUACAAUCAAGUCCCCCCCAAGGAGAGAGAGGGAGCGGGAGCGGGAGCGGGAGGCCGAGAGAGAGAGGGGAGACAGCGAGACGGAGAGUGAUGUCGACGACCUGUUUUUACCAGGUCUGCUUCCAGACCCCCCCCACUCAGCGUCACCUGGCAAGAGGCGCACCCAGUCCCUCAGCGCUCUUCCGAAGGACAGCGAUAAGAACAGCCCUGGAAAGAGGGAGAAGGACCACAUCCGGCGGCCCAUGAACGCCUUUAUGAUCUUCAGCAAGCGCCACCGGGCCCUGGUGCACCAGAGGCACCCGAACCAGGACAACCGCACCGUCAGCAAGAUCCUGGGGGAGUGGUGGUACGCCCUGGGGCCCAAGGAGAAGCAGAAGUACCACGAUCUCGCCUUCCAGGUGAAGGAGGCCCACUUCAAGGCACACCCAGACUGGAAGUGGUGCAACAAAGACAGGAAGAAGUCGGUCCCUGAAGGCCGGGGCAUCCCUGGAGGCAAAGAUGUGCGAGAGAGGAGCAUGUCCGAGUCCACCGAGCCUCAGUCAACCUCUCUGGGCGCAGAGCUGAAGGGGGCGGGGCCUGGCUUGUCAGGGAUUGGCGAACAGGGUGCAGGGGAGGGGCGUGGGAAUCAGCAGCCCCGCCCACGGGCCUUCUCCCAGAGUGCUGUACACACACUGGAGAGGAGAGAGCGGGAGAGGGGCAACACUCAGGCCCUGGCAGAUCUAGCACAGAUGUGUCGUGACGGAGGGGGGCAGUUCUCGGGCCGCGCCCCGCCCCUCUCCCGGGCCCGGCGCGAGGUGAGCGAGGACAUGACCAGCGACGACGAGCGCAUGGUGAUCUGCGAAGAGGAGGGCGACGACGACGUCAUCGAGGACUCCUAUCCGGGCAGCUCCAUAGAUCUGAAGUGCAAAGAGAGAGUGACAGACAGCGACAGUGAGAACAUCUCUGCAGAUGAGGCUGACGGCAAGCGCUCCUUCGCUGCAGUAAUCUGCACAGCGUCGUCCUCCGCCUCUGUCUCCCUCUCCUCCUCUUUGGGGAGGAGCUCCUCUCUCUCCUCCCACCCUCUGAGCAGAGGAGCGAGCUCAGAGAGCAGGAGGAGGAGAGGGACGGAGAGCGGGGCGUCCAGAGACGGGGCCGGAGGUGGGGGAUCUGCACCCCCUCCCUCGCUCCCCGCCCCCGGUCAGUCCGUCAUGACCGGCUCCGUCUCCGGCACCUCGCUGCACCUGUUGGAUCACGGCCCCGCCCCUCUGGGUGUGUCCCUGGGCGGGGCCCGCAUCGCCUCCACCACGGUGACCAAUGUGGUGCGUCCGGUGGUGAGCACACCCGUCCCCAUUGCCAGCAAGCCCCGCGAUGGCGGGGCCGCCCUCAGCCCCGCACCCGCCGAGAGGAAGCCCGCCCCACAGCCGCCACAGACCCAGCUGCUGAUUGGAGGAGCGGGAGGAGGAGGCGGGGCGGCCAGAGGGGGUGGGUACUACUCCGCGUCCUCUCCCAAUCCUGUAAACGUAGGGGCCGUUGGGCAAGGAGGACUGGUCACCAAUUUAGUCUUUGGGAGCGCUCUCCAGGCCCCGCCCACAGUGCAGCUGAUCAGCCCUCCCCAGCCACUGGUGGCCCCGCCCCCCAGCCAUAGCAACGGCCCCCUGCCCCUCCCCCUGCUUCAGUCCCAGUUUCUUCCUGCUUCUUCUUCGCUGGCGUCUCCGUGCGGCGGCAAGGCUAUCACGCAAGUGCAGUACAUCCUGCCCACCCUACCUGCCAGCACCAACCCCAGCAGCCCCUGUCCUCAGCAGCCAACCAGUAUCUUCACCCUACCCCCAGCUCCACCCACCAGUGUCUCCUUGGCCAAUGGAAAGCAGUCAGGGGCAGGGCCAGGAAUAGGAUAUGCCUCAAGUCCGGCAGUGGGAGUGGUCAGCCCUGGAGUGAGAGUACAAGCACAGUCACCAGUCUUGCCGGGGAAGAUGCUGGUUCCCAUGGCUACGGUCAGAACAAGCUCAGCCCCCCCUCAGUCAGUCCCUCUGGUGGCUCCGCCUCUUCCUGUUCAAAAUGGUGCUCAGCCUACUAGCAAGAUAAUCCAGAUUGCUCCCAUGCCGGUUGUCCAAUCACAGCUCCCCUCGGGGGGAGCAGUACAUCCUGGGAGCCCCUUCCCUGUCUCCGUGGGAACAGCAACUGUGAUGGCCUCGGGCACAGCCCCUUCACAAACAGUGCUGCUGCCGCCCCCACCCACAAGGAUCACGUAUGUUCAGUCCACUCCUGGAGUCCCCACCCCUCUGCCGUUGGUCCCCACGGUGACUGGCUCCUCCCCUCAGCCGGCUCCGGUCCCUCCUGCCCCAGCGUAUAUGCCGUCGUCCCUGGCGACCCUGGGCUUCACAGCUAUUGCCCCUGCCGGUCAGACCUUGGUGCAGCCGCUUAUAGCAGGCCAGCCGCCCCUCCUGGCUCCAGCGCAGCCCCCCAGCUGCCCCUCUCUGACGUCCCUACAAGCCCCCGCCUCCGGAGUCAGCGGCCAAAUAGUCACUGCCAUCUACCCUCCCCCUGGCGUUCCCUUGGCAACGGGGGUGGUCUCCGUGACGACAGUGCCCCCUAGCGCGGUGCACAGUGCACCCAGCCCGUCCCCCUCGUCCCCGCACGUCCCGCCCAAACACGCCCAGAUGUCUGCGCAGCCGCACCCCGACCUGCAGACAGACAGACAGACGGAGAGGUGGGCCUACGCUCAGGCCGAAGCCCUGGCGCACUCCCACACGGACAGGCAGGGCGAGAGACCUCCUCCCUCGCACUCCCAGGCCUCUGUCAAGCCCGGCAGUGUCUCAGUGGCGGCCCCCAAUGGCGUGACGGUGUCACUGCAGCCUGGCAGCCCCCAGCUGCCCUCACACACAGGCGACAGUGCGCCAGGCACUCCCAAGCUGCCCUCCGCUCCGAUGAGGACCCCUCAGAAAGUGAAAGCCACAGUCGCCAGCAUCCCUGUGGGAAACUAUGAAGGAGGCCGAGGGAGGGAGAGAGACAAGGAACGAGAGAGGGAGAGGGAGAGGGAGAAGGAGAGAGAGAGGGAAAAGGAAAGGGAGAGGGAGAAGGACGGCAGCCACGGCAGCCGUUUCUCGUUUGAGCCAGAACGCCACGGGGACUCCAGCUCGUCCUCGUCCCCGCCCCCACCCCGCUCUGUGGAGGAGGGGCCAUCAGCGGGACACUCCGAAGGCCAUGGUGCUGGGGACAGCAAGGAGGGGAGCGCCAAAGAGGACUCCCUUCCCUCCUCGCCCUUGCCGCCCCCCUCUGGGCACGACCCCUCUCUGCCACCCCCACAGAGCGACAAGGAUGUCACCCUGCCAAAGAAGACCAAGGCCCGCCCCCCGCCGCUCAAGAGGACGUUUGACUCAGUGGACAAGGUCCUCUCCGGGAUGUACUUCGAGGAGCGCUUUGCGGAGCUGCCGGAGUUCCGCCCGGAGGAGGUACUCCCCUCCCCCACACUGCAGAGCCUGGCCACCUCCCCCCGCUUCAUCCUGGGCAGCUACCGAAAGAAGAGGAAGAACUCCACCGACCUGGACUCGUCCACGGAGGACACCGUCUCCCCGAAGAGGAAGAGCAGGAGGCUCUCCAGCUGCAGCUCGGAGCCCAACACGCCCAAGAGCGCCGCCAAGUGCGAGGGGGAAAUCUUCACCUUCGACAGAGCAGGCACGGACACGGAGGACAUCCUCGGGGAGCUGGAGUUUGACAAGGUGCCAUACUCCUCGCUGCGCCGAACCCUGGACCAGCGCCGCGCCUACGUCAUGCAGCUGUUUCAGGACCACGGCUUUUUCCCCUCAGCCCAGGCCACGGCCGCCUUCCAAGCGCGCUACUCCGAAAUCUUCCCCACCAAGGUGUGCCUGCAGCUGAAGAUCCGCGAGGUGAGGCAGAAGAUCAUGCAGACCGCCAUCCCCUCCGAGGGGGGCGGUCUCGAUGUCGCCGCCUCCCUCCCCGGGCCCUCCAAUCCCCAUCCAGGAGAGGCUGGGGCCGGGGACUCUGGUGAGAGGGAGGCGGAGCAAGAUGGAGAGCACAGGCCCUCUGAGAAAAAGAGCCCCAGUGAGACACAGGAGUCCAGCAGAUGAGCACCAGUGAGAACAUCUGCCCCAAAUAUUUUCCAAGGCGCCCCCUCCUUUUCUCCCAGUCCUUUUGGCUCUGCCGUUACUCUCCAUACAACUGGCUCAGAAGGGGCUUUUUCUAGAAUCCAGACCAAUGAGGCUUUCUCCAGUGUGUACCCCCCCCCCCCCCCCCCCCCAUCCUCUGUGACACUGGAACUCAGUGAGCUGGAACAGAUGGCAGAGUGAUCCAGACGGCACUUGAAGUGGCACACCAUUACAAGCACUUUUUUUUUUUAUUAUGAUUGUCAAGCGUCCAUCACGAUUGACCAGACUUUUACUCCUGCUAUAUAACACAAAGAUUGCAAUCAGGUCUGUAGCGCCGGGGGUCAGAGCAUUCUGAGCUUCUUCAUUACAGGACUUUGACUGACUCGCUCUUGCUCAGUCAGACGGUGCGGACACUUUGUUGAUGGGUUUGUAAAAGGGACUGGAGGAGAGAAGCGUGGCUUCUGUAGAGAGCUGGGAUCUUGCGUAACCUGUCGUCGGCUCAGUUGACACUGCAGGACAUGGAGACACUGAGCCCGCUCUGGCUGGAGAUGACGCUGUUGAAUGAGGAGCUUGUUUCUUCAUAGCAUCAGAGCAAACUUGUUUCUUUUGAGAAGAACCUUUCAGAAUUAUCUCUGUGUGGCUGAGGAGCUCCUGUGAUCGGAUGAAACUAGAUAUAAUUUUUGGGACAGGAUGAAAACCUGAACUGUGUUUACUGACAAAUGUUAAUGUCAGUAUCGGUUCAGCAUUGAUUCCAGUUUGGGGAACUGCUCUCCUGUGAUUGGCUGUAACUGACCACAACCUGAUCAGAGCUGAAUGUUCGUGCGCUCUGAUUGGUUAGCCAGGAUGGAGGGCAGUGGGGUAAGGAGCUCUAUGGACAUGAGCUGGCCAAAUUAAAAUGAGAGUCUGAGCUUGGGGCUCAGUCAGACGGAUUGCAGUUUCAAAGCAGUGACCUCUCAAAACAUUGUCCGGACAAAACAAGAGAGGGAGAACCGCAGUAACUCUUCGCUCUCAAAACAAACAUGAAGUUUCAGCUUUGGUGACUUUCGAAAAAAAACAACCUACUGACUUGAUUUUGAAUCUGCUCUCAAGAUUCUCCUUUUCGGUGAUGUUGUGGUUAUUACUGAUCCUCUCGGUAUCUAUGUCGCCAAUCCUCAUUUCCUGCUGUCACUAUCAGCUUCCUCCUGUUGUCAUCAUUUCGGGUGGAACGUGUGGGGAUCCGAGACACACAGGCACACUCCCUUAGUCUUCCUCCUGACCUUUGACACCCCCCUCCCCCCACUUUUUUAAUUUACCGUUCAUCAAAUAGGGGGAGGGGUGGAGUAAUAAAGUUUUAACGAGAAGUUAUUUUUUUAGUGACAUUCUUUCCUUAGUCCCCCUCUAAGCUUUAAACCUCAAACCGUAUCCUACCUGACUGCCCCGGUAAUCCUCUCUCUCUUCCUCUGCUCGACCGCUCGUCUCUUUCUGGUUUUCCCUUGUUCACCGUACUGGGUACAGUAAUGGAAAGCUGGAUGCAGGUGUUACAGUAUCGGAGUCUUCAUUGUGGAGGACUGGUCUGGCCCAUGCGUACUUACUGUAAUGUCAGAAGACUCAUCAGAAUAAUACAAAUAAAUAUUAAUAUUUGUAAUUGAGUAAUAAAUACA